GCUCGAGAUAACCAGUUCACGUUCGUGGAACGCACGCGGCUGAAACGGGAGCGGUUUCCCACGUAUUAUCGCGCAAUUGUGGCCGGGCAGAGGCGAAACGAUCGCUCGAUAAACGUCUCGCUCUUUCGUUUCGCUGGAUGAACACGAUUAGUUCGUGACCGAUUAGGUCGGGACCGUUUCUUUUUUUUUUUUUUUUUUUGUCUCAUGCUGCUGUUUGCGCGUUGGAUUUACAAACGGAUCGGAGGAUUUCGUCUCUCUUGUCUACUCGAUCGUUGGAAUAGCAGAUUCUGUAGAACCAUGAACGAGGCUUUUGACGAAGAAGAAGAGACGAAGAAUUCGUUGAGAUGAAAAUGAAAAGAAUCUCUCGAUUGCAUAAUGUGUAGAACAGAGGGGGCCUUGUUAGUCGAAUGUUUACGAUAAUGAUGUACAAACAACGUUUCACAGAGCAGGAAUGCAACGCGUUCAAUGGAAGUCGCAAACGAAUAGCAAGAUGGCGGAUAUGUUUAACGUGGUUUACACUUGAUCUUCGUGUCACGUGGAGUCCUUCGCUUAGUUUGAAAAAAAAAAAAAAAAAGAAACGAAUUAUCAGUAGAAUUUUUUUCACACAUAGGCGUUUCUGUCAGUCUCACGGCAGAAUGAAAAAUGUAGGGAGUUCGGGGAGAGAAGCGUAGAACAAACGCAGCCGAAGUCCUUGAAUCUCGCUACCACGGCAUUUCGUAAUCAAAGUACACGUUACCAUUUUGCAACGGUGUGAAAGUUUAGUUUAGAACUUCUUGCUCCGAAAUGCUGCGAGUAUUCUUUCGUUUCCUCUCUCGAGAGAAAGAAAGUUUGAAUCAUUUAUUUCAGAGUAGAAGAACGGCCUUAUCUUAUCGCGAGCGGAAAUAAAUAACAUUUGAUUUCGUUGAUUAUCACGAAGAAGUGUAUCUCUCAAAUUGGUAACUUUUCACGUUUCGUAAAUGUUAAUAAAGAUACUAAUAUUUUGCACAUAAAUAGCAUAUGUAAACCAUAGAAACGACAGUGUGAUACAUAGAAAUUUAUCUCUAGAGAUACAUAACGCGCUUAUUAUAAAUAUUACGUUUCCAUUGUACAUGGCACCGUGAAGCUGAGAUAUAUUCAUUACUCCUUAUCUCGCAAUAUUAUUUUCCCAAGAUCAAAUAUCCUAAUUUAAUAACAACAGAGUGUUCAAAUUUCUUUCUAUUACUGCCUGAAGUAGGAAACAAUUUUUGAAUCGUCGAAAAUUGCUUUUCCUUUACUCCCGGCCGAUUCUUUCAAUUCGUAACAACAUUAAACUUAAAUUAAUUAAAUUCAAUUUAAAUUGGAAGAUCCAUCAAGAACCUCGACGAAAACGUUUAAACGUCUAGAACAAGACUAGAGUAUUUCAAUUUUCAUUUGCCAACUAUCCCAACAAAUGGGUGUCAUCGGUAUGCCGACGGACAUCGUGGCGUCGUCGGCCUCGGCCUCGGUUACGGUCUCGGAGGAGACGAGCAGAGGUCGAGAGUUGGGCCUUGGGCCGUCGUCAAGGUCGGCUGCCUCUUCGGCGAGCGCGUCAUCCUCAGGAUCGUCGGCGCAGUCGAGCUCGAGAGGCUUCGACCCGUCUAGCGCUCUGGCCGCUUAUCACCAUCAUCGGCACGGCUUGGUAGCCGGCUUGGGCCAUCCUCAUCAUCGCGAAUCGUCGGCGUUUGUGCCAGUGGUACCGUCGAGGUUGCACCUGGCGCCAUAUCCAGGCGACAUGCAUGCCCACUUGACCGGGCCGCCGCCAUCCUCGUCGGCCACGUCGAAUCCAGAGCACGACGUUGGCGCAGAGCCGUCUGUCGCGAGAAAAUCCUCGUCCAGCUACGAGAUUAUGGCUAUGAUGGCGGACAAGAGGAAGGAACUAGCGGCGAGGGCUCUUCUGCUUCCUCCGCCGCCACUUCUCGAACCGCCACCCGGUUACCCGGUGUUCGCCGGUCCUUUCCCAGGCGGAUCGGCGGCGCUCUACCCACCCGGUGGCCCGUUGGCUCAUCAACACUUGGACAGGAGGCUGUUGAGAGCGCCGGGAAGAGCGUCCAGGCCUAAGAAACAGUUCAUCUGCAAGUUCUGCAAUCGACAGUUCACCAAGUCGUACAAUCUGUUGAUUCACGAGCGAACGCACACGGACGAGCGGCCGUACUCGUGCGACAUUUGCGGCAAGGCUUUCAGGAGGCAGGAUCAUCUCCGAGAUCACAGGUACAUUCACAGCAAGGAGAAGCCGUUCAAGUGCGGCGAGUGCGGCAAGGGUUUCUGCCAAAGCCGUACAUUGGCCGUGCACAAGAUCCUCCACAUGGAGGAAUCGCCCCAUAAAUGCCCGGUGUGCGCGCGAAGCUUCAACCAGCGCAGCAACCUGAAGACCCACCUCCUCACCCACACGGAUCACAAGCCGUACGAGUGCACCUCGUGCGGCAAGGUGUUUCGUAGAAACUGCGACUUGAGGAGGCACGCGUUGACGCACGCGGUGGGCGACGUGCCACCGGAAGCGUUGGAGGAGGCACUCAGGGACGACGACAGCCCGGAGGAGGACUGCUCGGAAGCCAGCUCGUCGACAUCCACGGCGACUAAUUCCUCAUCCUCUCUGCCAGCCUCGGCAACGAACGCGUCUUAUGCUACUUCUCAGAGCUCGUCCGUGCCACCGCAACCACCGGCGCCAACCUCCGCGUCUGCUCUACCCCAGAGACCUCAGCUCCAGAUCAGAAGAGACCUGCUACCAACCGUGAAACCAUCCACGAUGACCAGCGGCGGAACCGGCGGCCACACCGUCACCCAGAAUCCACCGGCCGCGCUACCGCCACCGCCACCGUUAAUUCUCACGUCGUACAGACGAAGAAUCGGCUCGCCAGGUCCUUCGAGGGUGCUCCUCGAGUUGCAGGAACGCGAGAGGGAACGAGAACGAGAGCUGGAACAGAGCAGAGAGAGAGAACGCGAGAGGGAGAGGGAGGAAGAGGUGACACGACCCCCUAGGGCACCCACCCCUCAACCACCACCGCCACCUAGACCCGCUCCUGCCAGGCACGGAUUCACUAUAGCGGAUAUAAUGCGCCGGUAGAAGGGGGAAUACCAAAUGAUCGUCUGCUGUGAAAUUGGAUUUCGAAAACGCGGAUGACGCUGCUGCAAACGAAAGGGGAUCGUCAUGGACGUCAUUUGGAUAUCAGUGGUGGAAAGUGAUGGAUGAUCGAUGAAACUUCGUUUAUAUAAAUUGACCAGACUUUGAUUAUAUCGAUUGAUUGAACUCAUUGCACUGGAUUUCUUUUGCACGAAUUUCCAUUGCACGAGUAAAGAGAAUGAAUUUAUAUAAACGGGGUUCUAGUUGCAUUUUGUAAGGAAUAUUCUUUUUUGUAGUCGGGCGAUAGACAGAAGAGGAUGUUUAUGCGUUAGAGCUUGUAGACGGAUGGCUCCAACUGGCGAAAGCUUGUACAUGUUGUUAAUUUUUCUUCUUUCGAAGCUAACUUUCGAUGAAACGGGAUGCUUCUUUGCGAUUUUAUUGUGCAAUUUUAUCACGAGACUAUUCCAUCGUAAUGAUAGAUGUCUGGUGCGGUUUUAUACGUCGAAUUUUCACCGAUAAAUGAUAAUUGAUGUUGAAACAAGAUGCAAAGGCGUUUCUUUGAAAAAAAGGAAGAAACAAGUAGAUGGUAGCGAAAGUGUUGAAGAAAUUUUUUCUUUCAAACGAGCUUAGCCAACUUGGAUUCCUGGCCUUUGUGUGGUAUAAAAAAAAAGACGAAACAUGCGAAAUGAAAGAUGAGAAUCGUUUUGAGAAACGGUGGAAAUAUCGUUACGACAAUGGAACGAUGUUAUUUUUCAGUCGGCAAAAGAUUUCGAAAACAUUGUUACAGACUGUGGUAUUAUUUAGUUUAUUAAACUGAAAAAUGUAUAAAUCUAUUACGAAAUUAAGUUUAUCUAUUACAACAUUAUUUUAGUUUAAUUGUUAAGUAUCCAGUACCUUUCUUUUUUUUUUUUUUUU